AUGUUUCACCGAGGAGAUGAACACGAAAACGACACACUUUUCCCACAAGCGACGCAUAAAGUCUUAAAGAAAAUCUAUCUAUCUAUCUAUCUAUCUAUCUAUCUAUCUAUCUAUCUAUCUAUGUCGAUUUGUUCAUAUCUAUCUAUCUAUCUAUCUAUCUAUCUAUCUAUCUAUGUUCAUAACUAUGUCGAUUUGUUCAUAUCUAUCUAUCUAUCUAUCUAUCUAUCUAUGUUCAUAUCUAUGUCGAUUUGUUCAUAUCUAUCUAUCUAUCUAUGUCGAUUUUUUCAUAUCUAUCUAUCUAUCUAUCUAUCUAUCUAUCUAUCUAUCUAUCUAUCUAUGUCUAUUUGUUUACAAAUCCAGAAAAAAUUAAGCAUUUCUACAUUUGAUGCUCUGCGUCCAUUAUUUUUUGGGCUGCAAAAAUCUAUCUAUGUUAAUAUCUAUGUCGAUUUGUUCAUAUCUAUCUAUCUAUCUAUCUAUCUAUCUAUCUAUCUAUCUAUCUAUCUAUCUAUCUAUCUAUGUUUAUUUGUCCAUAUCUAUCUAUCUAUCUAUCUAUCUAUCUAUCUAUGUCUAUUUAUUUAA